UUCCGGCCCAGGAGGAGUGACUUCAUCCUCCUGGAACUGGAAGCAAGCAAAGCACGCUAGGGUUUCCCUUCCGCCGGGGACCCUGCAGGCCCAGGGCUCGUCGGCGAGGGGGAGCGCGGACGGCGGCAGCCAUGGCGUCCACCAAGGUGCAGCGGAUCAUGACCCAGCCCAUCAACCUCAUCUUCCGCUUCCUCCAGAGCAAGGCGCGCAUCCAGAUCUGGCUCUUCGAGCAGAAGGACGCGCGGAUCGAGGGCAGGAUCAUCGGCUUUGAUGAAUACAUGAAUCUGGUCUUGGAGGAUGCUGAGGAGAUCAACAUCAAGAAAAACACUAGGAAGUCUCUCGGUCGGAUCCUCUUGAAAGGGGAUAACAUUACACUAAUGAUGAACACGGGAAAGUAACAACAGCCCAGUGACUGUUCUAUUGCAAGGAUAACUAACAACCUACGUAUCCUGAGCUCCUAGGAUUGCAAACUUGGGGCCGUAACAGACGUUCCUCUCUGUGUUCUCGUCUAAAUUUGAUUGUAAUAGAAUAUGUUUUGCCAGAGAGAAUAGGCUCUGUGAGGUAAAAGUGUGUUAUCCAGAUCAUGAGCUUAGCACUUGUACUAGUUUAAUUCAGAGGCAUUGAUGUUCUGGUGGUUUGUGCUCUCAUUGAAAUAUUAACGUGGUGGUCUGAUUGUUCUUUUGGAAUUUUUUAGGCCCCUGUGUAAGAUAAAAGUAUCAUUCUGUGAAAGUUCUUGUCACGAAAUUACUUCU